GAGGCUGGCAAAUUUAUUCGCAGCCUUCGAUCGAUCUCCGCUGAAGGAGAAACCGAGGCAACGACUGACUUGCUCUCUCUGAGCUUCUCCGCCCCGCGCCAAUUCAAGCAUUCUCAGUGGCGUUCGAUGCGGUAGCCUCCUCACAAGCGCACGAAGAACAGAUUGUUGUCUCACUUAGCUCGCGUCGAUUUUGUUGAAGGAAAAGGGUGAAUCGUUUGUGGGAGUGUGCAUGUGCGCGCUUGGAUUGAUCCAGAGAGCUGCGCGACAUGGAGGCAACGCUGUCCUGCGAGAAUUUGACUCACACUGUGGGGUGCGUCGGCAAGGCUAGACUGGGAAGCGUUCGAGGAGGUUGUAAGAAGGCGGCGUUUGGUGCUUACAAUGUUUCAUGGAAAGCAAGAAUCUCUGUGACGAGGGAUCUUGGUGUUGGGUCCGUUUCGAGCAGAGGAGUUGUUGGGAAGGUCGCGAAUGGGGAGCUGAGGGUGCGAGCCGCGAGUGGCAAUGGCGUUGCGCCGAAAGAGUUUGAUUAUGAUGUGGUGAUCAUUGGUGCUGGAGUUGGAGGGCAUGGCGCCGCUCUCCAUGCUGUCGAGAAGGGGUUGAAGACGGCGAUCAUCGAGGGGGACGUUGUUGGCGGUACUUGUGUCAACCGAGGGUGUGUGCCUUCGAAAGCUCUCUUGGCUGUGAGUGGGCGUAUGCGGGAGCUUCAAGAUGAGCACCACCUCAAAGCCCUUGGAAUCCAGGUGGGGGCAGCUAAUUACGAUCGGCAGUCAGUUGCUGACCACGCAAACAACCUGGCCACCAAAAUUCGAGGAAAUCUUACCAACUCCAUGAAGGCACUUGGUGUUGACAUUCUGACUGGUUUUGGUUCUGUCGCGGCUCCUCAAAUUGUGAAGUACGGAAGAAUUGGAUUUUCUGACAAAACUAUUACAGCGCGCAACAUUAUCAUAGCAACUGGUUCCGUGCCUUUUGUUCCUCCAGGCAUUGAAGUCGAUGGAAAGACGGUGUUCACCAGCGAUCAUGCGCUGAAGCUGGAGUGGAUCCCAGACUGGAUUGCCAUUGUUGGAAGUGGUUACAUUGGUCUUGAGUUCAGCGAUGUCUAUACUGCCCUUGGAAGUGAGGUCACGUUUGUCGAGGCGCUUGAUGGGUUGAUGCCUGGUUUUGAUCCUGAGAUUGGCAAGCUUGCACAGAGGAUCUUGAUCAAUCCUCGUAAAAUUGAUUAUCACGUCGGAGUUUUAGCUAAAAAGAUUACUCCAGCGAAAGAUGGAAAGCCAGUUCAAAUCGAACUCGUUGACCCAAAAACCAAGGAGACAAAAGACAUUUUGGAGGUGGAUGCAGCCCUUAUUGCUACAGGACGUUCUCCAUUCACGAAAGGAUUGGGUCUCGAAAAGAUCAAUGUAAUUACACAGAGAGGGUUUGUACCGGUGGAUGAGCGGAUGCAAGUACUUGACUCUGAAGGCAAGCCUGUACCGCAUUUGUACUGCAUCGGUGAUGCAAAUGGCAAGAUGAUGCUUGCUCAUGCAGCAAGCGCCCAAGGCAUUUCUGUGAUUGAGCAGAUCGCUGGGCGGGACAACAUUUUGAACCAUAAUAGCGUACCAGCGGCUUGUUUCACGCACCCUGAGAUCAGCAUGGUCGGCUUGACUGAGCCACAAGCAAGAGCACUGGGAGAGAAAGAGGGUUUCAAAGUUAGUGUUGCCAAGACUAGCUUCAAAGCCAACACUAAGGCUCUCGCUGAGAAUGAAGGCGAUGGGCUGGCUAAGUUGAUCUAUCGACCUGACUCUGGCGAGAUUCUGGGUGUUCACAUUCUUGGCCUCCACGCCGCCGACCUCAUCCACGAAGCCUCCAACGCUAUUGCUAUGGGCAACACCAUCAAAGACAUCAAAUUUGCUGUGCAUGCCCAUCCGACCUUGUCUGAAGUGUUGGACGAGCUCUUCAAGUCAGCGAAGCUUGACGAGCAUCAUGCGGCAGUGGAAACCCCGAAUCAAGUAAAAUCAGUGGCUGCUUGAUGGCUCAGCCUGAGCAUCUCAGUCGAAGGAAGGUUCUGUCUCUUUAGUUGUUAUAUUUAUAUAUGUCAUGCAGCGUCAGAAAUGGCAUACGAUUGCUAGUGUCAGAUUGUAGGAGGUUAGCCUUGGUAUCAAUAUCCAUUGACGAGCUCAUUAGUUCGUCAAAGCUCAAACAAUGUGGAACAGGUAGGAGUUAAAAGCAUUUACUUAUUCGAAAUAUUUUUUGGAAUGGAGCUUGUCGUGUACUCUCAA